AUGGUGGCGGGAGAAGCGGAGGAUAAAGUGCCGGACAUGGACGGCGUUCUGCCCCAGCUUCUCUCCCCCCUUCCCCACGUGGUGCAGCAGGGGGUAGAAGUGAUAGUGAACGACGUGCAGGCGUACCGGGAGCAGGUGAUGGCGGCGCUGAUGACCGACUCGCGGUGCAGACAGUACAUAACGGCUCUGUGCAACCUGCUGAGAGCUCCCGACGUCAGGUUGUGCAGUAGUGCGGCGUACAUCCUGGGCACGGUGGCAGAAGACCCAGACAUCUCCUCGCUGCUGGUGGAGCUGGCCAAGAGCUGGACAGACUGGGACCUGCUGGUCAGAUUGGGAGACAUGUUACAGUGGGAGGACACGGAGGUUGUGAUGAACGCUGCGGGGGCUCUGGGAACGCUGGCAGAGAGCAGCUCCGGUCGCCGAUGGAUUCUUGAAUCCCCCGACGCUGACUUUAUCAUCGAGAACAUUGCGGACCUGCUGGGCUCCCCCAGUGAAUGGACGGCCAGUAACGGCGCCCUGGUGCUCGCCCGGAUCUGUAUGUGCCCCCAGGGCUGCGCCAGGCUUCUGGACCACCCCAAAUCCGAUGCCAUACUCCGAAAGCUGGUGGUCUCGCUGCGCGUGGAUGAAGCGGGCUGUGGGUUGAAUGCUGCAUUUACUCUGGGGCGCCUCUGCGACACAGACGUCGGGAGAAAGAGGGUACUUGGUCUACAGGAGGCUGAACACAUGGUGUCUCGUCUGGAGGCCAUGAUGUCGGAAGGGGAUGCUGGAGGGAGUCGCAAUGCAUGCUUCGCUCUCACGUGCCUAGCCACGGACCGCGCCGGCCACCAGCACGUUCUGAAGAGCGCGUCCUUCCCUCGGAUUCUCGACACCCUCAGCCGCCUGCUACGCUCGGACGAGCAGGAGUCCUGCUGGUUUGCUGCCAUGAGCGUGAAGGUCUUAUCCAGUUACCCUGAAGGUGUUGUGAGGCUUCGGCAGCACCCCGUACUGGAAGAAGUCCUGAAGAAGGCUGCAGCUUCCCAAACAGCUGGAAAAGAGCUGCUGGAGGAGGUGCAGGAAACCCUCGCCAAUCUCCAGCGUCUGCCCCAGCCCAGCUGUCCCAGAACCGAAAUACUGACGUCAGGGUCCAUACAGGUCGGCUGGGAGGAACACACACCAAACAGCGGCCUGUCCGUCACAUACAGUCUCUUCGAUGGUGAAAGGCUCCUUUACCAAGGCCCAUCAAGCUCCUAUCUAAUCUCCGACUGCAAGCCAGGCCAACAAUACAAUCUUCGAGUUUUCAUGGAAACCAUAGGAGACCGAAGCCCAGAAAGCCCGGUGGCGUCGGUGACCGUGGACGAACCUUUGCCCGGCUGUCCUCUGAACUUCCAGGUUACGAGUCGAACGGCUACGAAAGUAAGACUCAGCUGGUCGCCCCCUGCUGAAAAUGGCGCAACCGUAAAAUCUUACAUUGUGUUCAGAGAGGAGACCCCCGUGGAGACCACCUCUGAGCUUGGCUGCAUAGUAGGAGGUUUGUCGCCAUCCUCCAAUUACACUUUUAGCGUGUGUGCCUGCUCGCCAAGCAGCCGGGGCCAGAAGGUAUCUCUAGUUGCCCGGACAAUCGACAAAGGCGAUCAUGCUCCGGGCAAACUCACCGUCUAUGUCAUCGGCCGAAGCGAGAUCUUCAUCACGUGGGAUGUGCCCAGAGCCCCUCUAGGGAGAUUCUUCAACUAUGAGCUAUGCAUGAACGGGAAGCCGGUCUACUUGGGUACAGAACGUUCUUACACCGCCCGCCGCCUCGUUCCCAGCACAGAGUACACCUUCACCGUGUGCGCCAUUACCAGUGAGGGGCGCUUCGAGAGUAGAGCGGUCACUAAACGCACUGCCAAGGACGAGUACAGUAACCUGAGCAGAAACCAUGUUACAUUGGAGAACAACCAACCUGUGGCUUCUUCACCUGCCCGCGAUCCACCAGACCACGCUGAGAAACAGCCAAAGAUGCCUGAUCCGUCCAAACAUUGCCCCACUAAAAGUCACCCUAUACGGCUGCUCCUCAGCCGACAGACCAGCAGGUCAGGAGAUAAUAAAAGCCAAGCCCCCAAUUCACGGAGAAACUCGAUGCUAUCAUGGUCUACUGACUCAGGCGAGGGCACUGCUGGACCCCUGCUGUCCCAAGUCCAGUGUGCUUCACCGCGUGACGUAACCACCACACCAACGGAGCACCGGAUCAAACACAGGAGGGGCAGCCACUGCCGAGGAGAACCCGGAACCAUCAAGGAGAACGGGUCAGAGGUCACCCAGACAAUUAACGCCAGGGUCCUGCCAAUGCCUGCGAAGCUAAGCCCCCUGGGAGUAUUGGACUCCACAAGCUCCAAGCUGCUCCACUCUGGACCUCCUGACAUCAAAAAGCCAAAAAGUUCUCUGGGUCUGCGACCAACACCCGUGGCAUCCGUUCAUUGCCUGGAGCCGGGAUAUCUGUUGUAUCAGAGGGCCAAGACGGAAACUGAACUCGUGCGGCCGACGCGAAAGGAAAGGCAGGGCCAGCAAGUGCAUGAAUGUGAGUUGGAGACGGAGAGUCAAAGAAGGACACUGGAGCCACUGCGAGAUCCCUUACUGAAAUCUAGACACCGAAACCUGAAGCUCAGAGCUUGGAACAUUACCCAAAGUUUGAAAAACGGAGAAGAAAAGACGCACGGGUCCUGGAAUUGUCCUGGGAUCUCUGCAGAAGAAGAAAAGCCCCAUCCGGCACCACUGGCCAAGAACGCCCUACUCAAGGAUGGACCUUUCUCACAGACAGCGGGACCAUUCGCUGUGAGACAUCAGCCCGUAUCGCAGUUUCAUGCAGAACUAUCCAGGAUCCACAAUCUCCAGAAGGUAGAAAAAAAACUUCGGAAGCCUUUUAAAGGACAAAGGAUUGAAGGGCCGCUGUCUGGCCAUUUUCAUAAAGAUGUCCUUGCUCUCAUCGGAGAGUCUGGAGUCACGUUUCGACUGCCCCUUGCCCCUAGCAACUCACUUCUUCCACAGAGAGUCAUUCCACGCCAACGAUAG